AUGAUCAAUGUCAGAAGAAUAUGUGUCGCUUACAUACUUUACAAACGACGAAACAAGGAGACAAGAGUACAUGUUGAUCCCUUUCUUGAAAAUAGGCUUCUUGCUGGGGCGUUUGUUACACGCUUUGGAAAACUACAAAAUAAUGAACGUAAAUUUAAAAAUUACUUUCGAAUGUCCAUUCGUUCUUUUGAUGAACUGUUGUGUAAAAUUGAGAAUAAGCUACAAAAAAGCAGUUUACGAAGGAUUACAAUACAACCGAUUGAGAGGCUCGCUAUUACAUUAAGAUAUUUGGCAACUGGUAAUACAUUCACUGAUCUACACUAUUCCUAUGUGAUUGGAAUUGCAACAAUUAGCGAAAUAGUAAGACAAGUUUGUUACAUAAUAUGGAUUGAACUAAAGUCUGAAUGUAUUCCACAGCUUAAUGGGAUCAAAUGGAAAGAAAUCGCAGAGGGAUUUCUCACAUAUACAAAUUUUCCUAAUUGCUUGGGUGCAAUUGAUGGAAAACAUAUAAGAGUGAUUCGGCCGCCGCACAGUGGAUCACUAUAUUUUAAUUAUAAGAAAUAUUAUUCUGUAGUGCUCCUCGCAAUGUGUGAUGCUGAUUAUAAUUUUACAUAUAUUAAUGUCGGUACCAGUGGAAGCAACGCCGAUUCAACCAUCUUUAGAAGGAGUCAAUUGUAUACGAAACUGGAAAGUAACACGUUGGGUAUCCCUGACCCGCAAGAGUUGCCUAUUAUUUGCCCCGAAGUAGCUUAUCCAUCUAGUGUAAGAGCAAAGUUGCCGUUCGUGAUAGUGGGAGACGAGGCAUUUGGUUUAUCAUCACAUGUGAUGCGGCCUUAUGCUCGUGAUAAUUUACCUUACAAAAAGAAAAUAUUUAAUUACCGUCUGUCCAGAGCUAGAAGGUACAUAGAAUGCACUUUUGGAAUUAUGUCAAAUAAAUUUAGAAUAUUUCACAGAUCCAUGAAUGUCAAGUUAGAUCUAGCACAAUUAAUAGUCAAGACGGCAUGUGUACUUCACAAUUUCAUAAGGAAACGGGAUGGCUACAAGGUCAGCCAUACAUUUGUCACAAAUGGUUUUACGGGACCACUACCCAGGCAGCAGACUGAAAGUAGUAAUACGUCGGCAAGUAAUAUCAGAGAUAUAUUUGCAGAUUACUUUAUCAAUGAAGGAAAAGUCUCCUGGCAACACCUAUAUAUAAUUAAUUAACUAAACUCAAAAGGUUUUAGAAGGUUUUUGAUGUUAUUUGUGAAUUAAAUAAUUAUGCUUAUAUUAAUAAAGUAAUGAUGCUUGUAUAAAUAAAAUAAUGA